AUGGAGGCCGGAGACGCGGCAGCGCUGGCGAAGCGCGGCACCUUGCCGCCCCGCGCCAAGUUCUUACCCAACAAGAUCGGCAGCUUCUCUUGUCCUGCUGGGAACGCGUCGCGCGCCCUCAGUUACAGCCCCGAAAUUCCCUGUCCUGAGCCCUUCCCGACCGCCGGAGAGCCCCGGGCGUUCGGCUCCGGCGCCAACGGGCAGUGGAGGGGGCUGGUUCCCCCGCUGGGUUCGGCGCCGCUCAAGCCUCGAGCGAGCCGAGGCUCCUACCUGGAGUCCCGCAAAAUCCCCAGUGGGGCAUCCAACAGUUUUGUAGGGAAGUCCAACCACCACUGCCAUGCGUCGGCGUUCCCGAUCAAACCUGCGCAGAGCCCCUCCUGGAGCGGCCCGUGCCGUCGUGGUCUGCUUAGCCCCAAGAAAACGCCGAGGCGACCCGUCAGUACGGCUGAAGAGACUGUUCGGGAGGAAGAGCGAGAGAUCUACAGGCAGUUACUUCAGAUGGUGACAGGAAAACAGUUCUCCACGGCCAAACCUUCCUCACUGCUCCCCUUCCGCCUGUCCAGAUGUUCCGAUUCCAGUAAAACCUUCAUGAAAGAAACUCCCGCCCCGAACUCGAGCCUGUUUGAAGCUCACAAUAUUGCACCAGCCAGUUCAGCAGCCAGCACUCUCCGAGCACAGGAGCAGCUAUCUCCUAAACCAUCACUCUACUCAGCGUCUAAUUAUCCCUCAAGCAUCUUCGAGUCUAAUAACGCCCCAACCCAACAUCACCCGGAAAAUCUACCAGCAUCUAGCACACAGUCUGAAGGGUCAGACUCUGUCAUUUUGCUCAAGGUAAAGGACCCCAGAACUCCAGCUCCAAGCCUCCCAUUCUUCCAGGCAGAACUGUGGAUCAAAGAACUGACCAGCGUCUAUGAUUCAAGAGCUCGGGAGAGGUGGCGUCAAAUCGAAGAGCAGAAAGCGCUGGCCUUGCAGCUGCAAAGCCAGCGACUGCAGGAACAGGAGCACUCAGUGCAAGAUCUGGUGGAUUUAAAUCUUCGCGUUCCCCUUGAGAAGGAGAUUCCUGUCACAGUGGUCCCAGAAGAGAAAGAAGAUGCUAAGUCAGCUGAUGGUGAAGAGGAAUUCCCUGAAAUCACUGAGGAAAUGGAGAAAGAAAUAAAGAAUGUAUUCCGAGGUGGGAACCAGGAUGAGGUCCUCAGCGAGGCUUUUCGGUUAACAAUCACUCGGAAAGACAUUCAGACCCUCAAUAACCUGAACUGGCUCAACGAUGAGAUAAUAAAUUUCUACAUGAACUUGCUGAUGGAGCGGAGCAAAGAGAAGGGAUUGCCAACAGUUCAUGCAUUCAAUACCUUCUUCUUCACCAAAUUAAAAACGGCCGGGUACCAAGCAGUGAAACGGUGGACUAAAAAAGUGGAUAUCUUCUCUGUGGACCUUCUCUUGGUGCCUAUUCAUCUGGGAGUGCAUUGGUGCCUAGCAGUUGUAGACUUCAGGAAAAAAAGCAUCACCUAUUAUGACUCCAUGGGUGGAAUAAACAGUGAAGCCUGCAGGAUACUGUUGCAAUACUUAAAACAGGAAAGUCUUGACAAGAAAAGGAAAGAAUUCGACACCAAUGGCUGGUCCUUGCUGAGUAAGAGGAGUCAGGAGAUCCCGCAGCAGAUGAACGGCAGCGACUGUGGCAUGUUUGCCUGCAAAUACGCGGACUGCAUUACCAAAGACAAGCCCAUCAACUUCACACAGCAACACAUGCCCUACUUCCGAAAGCGAAUGGCCUGGGAAAUCCUCCACCGCAAGCUGUUAUGAUGCCGAUGAGAGCGGAUUCCUUGAGAGAUUGUAACAGAAGUGCCCAGAUUUCCCCUGCUCCGUGGCCAGAGCUGCGACGGGCCUGGACCUGCCCGGGGGUUCAGUCAAAGAAACCGCAGAUGAACUCUGUAUGAUUAUUUUUUGAUAAAGCAUCAGUCACGGACCAAUGCGCACCGGAAAUGUUCAGAAGCACACUUGCCUUUUUUGGUUGGGUUGUUUUUUUAUUAUUUCCAAACCUAUUUUUACAAGCCAUUUGAGGUGCUGAGACUCGAGGGGGGCUGCUUUGGACUUUCGAGGAACUUGUUCUGCUUUUCCUCAGCUCUUGCCGGCGCCUCCGAGCUGGCGGCGUGACCCUAUGCAGGGGGAGGGCUGGAUUCCAGGGGCAGGGAAGGCACUUGGGCGGUUCUGAGCGCCGGGAGGGCUCUGCUCCGCGUUACCUCGCGUGAGGGAAGGCUGAAGGUCUCCCGAGGCAAGGAGGCUUUGCCCUUGGGGAUCGCCCUGUUCAUAAAACCAGCAUGUCACAAGUGGCUGCUCCUGGAUUUCCAGCACUUGGGUGGUAGGAAGUGACACGAAGGAGGCAUGUCGUUGACGGAAACAGCCUGGAGAAGCAACUCUCAGGAGCAGCGUUGGCUUUUUGGUGUGUCCUCUGCAGCUGCCCCCUUUUGUAUCUCCCACUCUGUCCUCAAGCCAGCGUUUUUCACCCAGCCCAGGCUCUGUCUGCUGGCACCACCCAGAGCUUGUCACCUACUUGUUGCUUGUGCCCUCGGGGGCACCCGGGGCAGAUGGGGUGUCCUGCAGGUGCAUAAAGCAGGACCCAGGUGACCGGUGCCACUCACUCGUGGCCGUUGGGUGACGUUUCCCCAGAAUCCCUCUCCCACCCCCGAGAUUCAUCUCCAGUUCUUUAGCAUCAGGUGUUUACGCAGUUCAGGUACAAACUUGACUUAUGGUAGCAUAGAGUCAAUGCACCCGUGGAUGCUUUGCACUGCCUGCUUGCUUUUCCCUGCCGAGUGACAACGAGCCAGGUUUUCCGAGUGCUUUUUCUGCCCUCGCUUUACGUCCCAGCCAGACCAGGGAUUCCUGCCCCCGGUGGAGCACAAUGGAUAUAAAUCGCUCCGGGUCAUCCCUCUUCUCCGUGACACUUUGCACAUGUUUCCCCGUGGGGAGGGGGAAGGCUGAUGCAAGGUCAGAGGUUGCCUUGGAGCCAGGCAUCACGUUGGAAUCCCGAAGUGCUUCCAAAGGUAUCCUUAAGUACAUCCCUCCAAGCACCUUCAGUGUCUGUCUCCUGGGAGCCUUGAGGAUUAGGGACGCGGGGCUGAGCCACUCAAAAGUAAAAUGCUCGGAAGCACUUAAACUGCCCCAAGGUGGGAUUUUUUUGGAGGCCGCGGCGGCCUCGAUGCUUUGGAACGUUUUAGUGCGAGCGCCUCCUCCCAGGCUCUCCGGAGUGUAUCCCACCCGCCUUUGCUGUUGCUUUUCCCUGCUUUUAAUUUAUUCUCCAGCAAGGUUUGGGAGGAAGCAGCGAGCGCUGGGACGAGUCCCCCAAGCCGCCGAAGCCGGUUGUUGUCUCCCGUGUACAUAACCUUUUUAAGUAUAAGCAAAGAAUAAAAUAAUGUCCACUUUUGUAUUUUUGGCUCCAGAGAGGGAGUAAUAUUUUAUACAUUUUUCUGUACCUGUAAGCAGUAGUUUUGUACGAGAUUUCUGCCUUGUCCCCUUGCUUCCCACCGGGCUGUGUUCCUCGUAGGCUGGUUUGUAUCCCUUCCUUUCC